AUCUGAACUGCGCGGAUACUGAAUUAAAUAAUUAAUAUAAGAAAAAAUUGACAAGAAAUGCGUGGAAAAUUUCACAAAAUAAAAAAUUCAAGCUCUAUUUUAUGUCUUUUAUAAUUUGUUUUGAUUAAUUCCUGUCCAAUGGCAGAAAUACGCGUUCUCAACAUUAACCAAAAUGUGGAAAUUUCCUGUGAAAUUCUGGCUGAAAAUGGGGAGGAUAUUUCAAAGCGCCUUCAAAAACUUAUGUUACAAAUUAAGGGGAAAUUCAUGUGCGACGAUGGGAAGUCUGUUGACUACAAUGGGAUAAGAACUAGUGAAACAUUUGCCGAAUAUGUUGAGGAAUCUUCCAGGCUGGUUCAUGUGGAUUUGGCUACACUUACAGAUCAGCAAAAGAUGGCAUUUUUCAUUAGUAUCUUUUGUUAUGAAUUUUAAUUAGUUCCCAUUAAAGUGUCAAUGCGCCCCAAUUAAGGCGCCCUAAUUUAUUAUUUUACUCUGUCUAACACCUGACGAUUUUACUUGUCAACGGAAGAUCACUGGCGCCAUUACGAAUUGAAUGUGGUUGAGCACAUGAAUAUAUCAAGAAUUACCAUACAUUUAUAGUCACUGCGUGUCUUCUGAUUGGCCAGUCUAUCAUAGAGAUCACGCAACCUACACAUAACUCAGUUAUCUGAUAGCAGGUAACCAGGUUAUGUGUAGGUCGAGCCACCUGCGUUGAGUCAUUGUUUGUCGAAAGAGUUAUUGAACAUUGAAUUUGUUUUUUGAAUGUGAUAUCCUGAAUUAUCAAGCUAUAGCUAAGGUCUUGGUAAGUGGUAUCAUGCAGUCAUGCCUUUGGCUCAACUGAUAAUACUUGACCUUGAUAAUUCUGGAUAUCACAAAAACCUCAUCCAACAACUGUCUAUCAUUGAAGCCAAAUGCUGUCAAUUGCCCAGUGCAAUAAUAGUAUACAAUAAUGAUCCUUUUCAUAAUACCCUCCUGACAUCAAUCAUGCAAUAAUUUAUACUCUAAUUGUAUUGCAUUAACUUGAUAUCACAACUCAUCACCGGUAAUGAUUAACCCAUUUCAGCAGCAGCAUUCUCCCCUUGACAUGCAAGUAAAGUAUGCUAGCUGGUGUUUAAUAUAGACAGAGUAAAAUAACAAAAGCAGGGUGCAUCAGGGGACAAUGCCCCUUACAGUAACUGGUAUUGGACUAGGAUGGUCUAUUUUCUUGCUUGAUUUUACUUGUUAAGGGAAAUGUUGGCCAGCUCAAUGGUCAAAUUAUCUGUCAGAGAUGGUUCAUAUAUAAUAUUAUACUUGUUUCCCUAAUACAAUGUGGAUAAAAAGGUACAUGCAAGUAAUGAACCAUAUCUUAACACAUACAUCAUAGAUAUUUAUAAUGCUCUGACAAUUCACGGGAUAUGUGAACAAGGUGUGCCGUCAUCAGUGUUAGGUGUGAAAAAUUUUUGGAAAUCAAUCGCAUAUAACAUCGGUGGUCAUGUAUUUACUUUAGAUGACAUCGAACAUGGAAUUCUCAGAGGUAAUUGCAGUGAUUUUAUAACCCCCUAAAGCACAAGACUCUUCCCUUAACAAAUAAAUUGUUUGGCUCAUUAGACAGAGUAAAAUUAUUAUAAUAAUUUGGGCGCAUUGCAGCUUAAUCAGUGAAUUAGCUACCCUGCAAGAAUACAGUUGGUGGAGUAUGUUAACAGCCAUCCAGUAAUGUGUUAAUUAACCCAUUCAGUGCUAUAAGUGCUCUCCCCUUGUGUAAAAUCGUGUGGAGCAAUGCAACUUAAUGGGUUAAAGUCAUUGAUAUGAUAGCUGAUGAAAUGUGUAACAAAAGCUAAAACAAUACAAGCAUAUUUAAGCCAUAAAAGGCUAUUAUUUAUGAAAAUUUACAUAAAUUUAAGAAUCUGGAUUUGUUUGUAUUGGAUUAAAAAUGAAAGAUGAUUGAUAAAUAUCUUCUUGUGAAUAUAUUUCAGGCAACAGACCGCACCCAUCUAGUCCCAAUCCUUUAUUCAACGACAGUGACCCUCGUCUCCAGUAUUCGCUACAAAGUGUUGAUCCUCGGAUACACUUUGCUUUGGUUUGUGGAGCCAAGGUAGGUUGAGUGUUGAGAUCCAGAACACUCUGGGAAGUGCUCCUAGGUUGGUUCUUAUGUACUGUACCACUGAUUGUGUACAGGAUCUUGGUUUCCUCCUGUAGUAAUACUGCAUCAAUAUGGUGGUGGUUACUGGACCUCUAAGAAAGAGUUUAGACAGAAUUGAUAGGACUAUCCAGUAUAAAUAAAGUCAGAUUAGUUUAGGUUUCCUCCAGAAAUGACCUUCAGGGGAAAAACAGUUUAGACAGAAUUGAUAGGACUAUCCAGUAUAAAUAAAGUCAGAUUAGUUUAGGUUUCCUCCAACAGUUUAGAACUGAUAGAGCUAUCCAGUAUAAAUAAAGUUAGUUUAGGUUUCCUCCUGUAGUAACACUGGAUCAAUAAGAGAUGAUCCUUACUGGACCCCCAGGGAGAACAGUUUAGAACUGAUAGAGCUAUCCAGUAUAAAUAAAGUUAGUUUAGGUUUCCUUCUGUAGUAACACUGGAUCAAUAAGAGAUGAUCUUUACUGAACCCCCAGGGAGAACAGUUUAGAACUGAUAGAGCUAUCCAGUAUAAGUAAAGUUAGUUCAGGUUUCCUCCUGUAGUUUAGAACUGAUAGAGCUAUCCAGUAUAAAUAAAGUUAGUUCAGGUUUCCUCCUGUAGUAACACUGGAUUAAUAAGAGAUGAUCUUUACUGAACCCCCAGGGAGAACAGUUUAGAACUGAUAGAGCUAUCCAGUAAAAUAAAGUUAGUUUAGUUCAGGUUUCCUCCUGUAGUAACACUGGAUCAAUAAGAGAUGAUCCUUACUGAACCCCCAGGGAGAACAGUUUAGAACUGAUAGAGCUAUCCAGUAUAAGUAAAGUUAGUUUAGUUCAGGUUUCCUCCUGUAGUAACACUGGAUCAAUAAGAGAUGAUCCUUACUGGACCCCCAGGGAGAACAGUUUAGAACUGAUAGAGCUAUCCAGUAAAGUAAAGUUAGUUUAGUUUAGGUUUCCUCUUGUAGAAACACUGGAUCAAUGAGAGAUAACCACUGGCACUGAUGACCCUUACUGAACCUCUAGUGAAAACAGUUUACAACUGAUGAGUGAUGGAGCUAUCCGGUAUAAAUUGGAAAGUUAGUUUAGUUUGGCACUUUAGGUUUCCUCCUGUAGUUUACACUGAAUCAAUAAGAGAUGAUCCUUUAACACUGGACCUCUAGGAAGAACAGUAUGAAACUGAUAGAGCUCUAGCUUGCUUAAUUAAUUCCAGCUAGUAACAAGCGCGGGGCACAUCAGCCUGCGUGAAUGUGACCUUACUGGAUCUUCAGGAAGAUAUCCAGAACGAAUAAAGCUGAGAUUAAUUUCAAAUCUACGUACGUUAAAAUGCGCUUUCACCCUAUUACUUUUAACCAAUCUUGUUUCAACUGAUAAUUAAUAUUCGUUCACUCCAGUCUUGUCCUGCAAUCAAUGUUUAUUCAACGACGAAUCUUGAGCGUGGUUUGGAAGCCGCAGCUCAAAACUUUUGUUCUCAAGAAGUUCAUGUCGACUUGAAUGCUAAACGGGUAAGGCCGUAAGGGUACGCCAGAAUCUCACAUCUUGUCUGGCAGCAAGCCUUCAACAAGUUGUGUUCGCACUGCUUGUCCCAAGUUGUCAACAAGUUUGGAACAAGCUGUUACCUUAACAACCUUGUUGAUAUUAUCAGAUUUGUUGCAAGGUUGUUCCAACAAGUCCGAUACAGUCAUGAUAUAACAAUAUUCUUACAACCUUGUGUCGUCGUCAACCUUGUAACAGUCUGUUCCAAACUUGUUUCAACAACUGGGAACAAGCAGUGCGAACUCAACUUGACGACAGCUUGUACACAGAUUUGUAACAACUUAUUUGCAGACGUGGUCCGUAUUUUACACGCGUAAAAAUCUUAUAACAGCUUGUCAACAAGAUGUGUUCGCACUGCUUGUUCCCAGUUGUUGACAAGUCUGGAACAAGUUGUUAUCAUUUUGUAACAAGGUUGAUGAGGCCAACAGACUCGCAACAAGUUGUUCCAACAAGUCUGAUAUCGUCUGCACGUAACAAGUUGUAAACAACAAACUCGUGGCAACUCGUUACGAACAGCCUGUAUUAGUCUUGUUGGAACGACUUGUAGCAACGUUGUUACCGUCGUCAACCUUGUGACAAGGUGAUAAUCCAGAUUGAUAUGAUGUUCCAGACUUGUCACAACAACUUGGAACAAGCAGUGCUAAUACAUCCUGAUAUCGGCAUGACAACAACCUUGUUACAACUUGUUUGCAGUCUGUAACAACUUCCGAGUACAAUUGUUUGGAGGUUUUUUUCUCGUUUUUUCGUAACAUUUUGGUUGUGAAGUUAGUACAUGUAUGUACAAAUUGAAAAUGUCUAUUCUAAUACUAACAGGUCAAAAUCUCUAUUGCUACUAACAGGUCACAUUAUCGAAGAUAUUUCUUUGGUAUAAGUCUGACUUUGCUGAAAAUGAUAUUGAUCUUUUGAGGUAAGCCGAUGCAUACCAACAUAGCAGUCUUUAGUCGAUUGCCUGCAGCUCAUCCCUGGUUCACCUCCGCCGGACCAAAAUAACAAAUUUUAAAAUAAAAUAAAUCACUUCUUUCUCACUUUCAACAGUUGCCGG